AAGUUCGAGUUAUUAGGUCUGUUGUCAAUGGCCCAUUAUGUUCCGGAGCCCAAGAUAAACUGAACCAGACUGGUCGCAUACCAGUCAACGACAAACCUGACUAGACCGGACCGGCCAUGGACUAACACGCUUGGAAAGCACAAAGCUUCGCGACUCAUCGUCUGAGAGAGAGAGAGAGAGAGAGAGAGAGGUGGACGAUAGUCUCUCUUGUUCUCCUAUCAGAAACCCUAAUAACGAUAAUCUCACAAAUUGUUAAUUCUUGAAUUCUUAGCUGAUCAAUCAUCGUUCGUCACAUGGUUUGCUACAGCACUCUCCCAUCACCUCCUCUCAGAUCGCCAGGUUUUGAUGCGACGAUCCAAUGCUCGUACGCGAGAUCGUAAGCCCAAUGACGAUUUGGACUCGAUCAAGCUUCACCAUCGCCCAAAUUCGCCAGAUCGAUCCAAUGAUUUCCCUCGGAACCCUAAACACAACACCACCAAUGUCCUCGUAGUCUUCGCAUCAAUUGCACUUACCCUAGCUUUUUUGUGUUAUUUGUUCGUCUACUUGAACUGUUAUCGGAAUUACGGGAAGCGAAAGUUUGGGAUUGUGAUUGAUGGAGGAAGCACAGGGACUCGAAUUCAUGUGUUUGAGUAUGUGAUUAGGGGUAGAGUUUUGGAUUUUGAUUUGGGGGAAAAUGGGUUGGCAUCAAUGCGGGUGAUUCCCGGGUUGUCGGCCUAUAUGGAUGAUCCGGGAGGGGCGGGUGGGUCUUUGGUGGAUCUGCUGGAGUUUGGGAGGAAGAGAAUUCCGAAGGAGCAUUGGGGGGAGACGGAGAUUCGGCUUAUGGGGACGGCGGGGCUGAGGAUGCUGGAGUUGGGUGUUCAGGAGCAGAUUUUGGAGUCUUGCCGGAGGGUUCUGAGGUCGUCUGGGUUUAAGUUUGGAGAUGAUUGGGCUUCAGUUAUUACGGGCUCUGAUGAAGGGAUUUAUGCUUGGGUUGUUGCAAAUUAUGCCCUUGGCACUCUUGGACAGGAUCCUCAUCAAACAACUGGGAUUAUUGAACUUGGUGGGGCCUCUGCUCAGGUGACCUUCAUUUCAAGUGAGCCAGUGCCCCCUGAAUUCUCUCAUAUAGUUAAAUAUGGGAAUAUCACUUACAAUCUCUACAGUCACAGCUUGCUUCAUUUUGGUCAGAAUGUUGCAUUUGACUCAUUUCGGGAAUCACUUGUUACAAGAGGCAUAGAAUUUGCUACUGAAUCUCUUCAGAGUGGACAAUUUGUAAAUCCUUGCAUCCCUAAAGGAUAUUCACAUGAUACAAAAUCGUGGAAUCUCUCUCCUGGUUCUUUGGCUGAAAAGAAUUGGUAUCUAUCCACGCUGCAUCCUGGGGGUAAUUUCUCAGAGUGCAGAUCUGCUGCAUUAAUGUUGUUGCAAAAAGGAACAGGUGCAGAGAAAUGCUCAUAUCAGCACUGUUACAUAGGAUCAACAUUCAUACCAAAGCUUCGGGGGAAGUUUUUGGCAACAGAAAAUUUCUUCCAUACAUUGAAGUUCUUUGGGUUGUCACCCAAGGCAUACAUUUCUGAUCUGAUGAGGGCUGGACAACAAUUUUGUGAAGAGGAUUGGUCAAAGUUGAAGAUAAAAUACCACUCAUUUGAUGAUGAGGACUUGUUGCGAUAUUGCUUCUCUUCAGCAUAUAUUGUGGCCCUACUUCAUGACAGUCUUGGAAUUUCUCUAGAUGAUGGAAGCAGCAUUGGGUUUGUCAAUCAAGUGGCUGAUAUCCCACUCGACUGGGCAUUGGGAGCUUUCAUCCUACAGAGCACAGCUGACUUGGACGUAGAGCUUCCCAACUGGAUUUCCUACAUUGUUAGAGAUGACUCACCCUCACUGCUCGCUUUAUGUGUAAUCUUGAUUGCAUUGAUGUUUACCGCAUGGUCGGUAUCAAAGUGGAGGAAGCCGCAAUUCAAAACAAUCUACGACCUUGAUAAAUGAAAAUACAUAGUUACACACGUCACUAGAUGUUGAUAUCUUCUUUAAGAGGUGUCGUAGCACAUUCUUUUCCUCGUUUCAUAGAAUAGGGAGGAAGGGGGCUAGGAGCCAAAUAAUCUCAGGUGUGCUUCCUUGGUCUUAGUGCCCUUGUUAAAGGCUCUUCAAUAUACCUAUUGAAGGAAGAGGGCAGAUCUUAGUUUUGCGAGGUUUCACAGAGGAGGAUAGAUAUAAUGAAUCAUUCGAGCUCUUAUGUAAAAGGAUAAUGUUGUAAUUUGUAUUUAUUGGGAGCCAAACAUGCAAUUUGCUCCCAUUUUCUGAACUAGAAACAAGAAUCAAUAUCUGCUGGGUUGCAGAGGAAAGAUGGUGGGGGCUGUAUAUGGUGGCCCAGAAUAUCCUUUUGUUGCAAUAGGGAAAAAUUGUUGCAAGAAGAUAGUUGUCAUGUCCAGACCGUAAUUGUGUUUCUUUGCCAGC